AUGGGAAAAGAAGGGAUAAAAAAUUACUAUCAGGCAAAAAUAGAAGAAGCCGAACUAUUAAUCAACGAAAAAACACAGAACUUACGGCGACUUGAAGCUCAACGAAAUGCACUGAAUGCGAAGGUUCGGUUAUUGCGUGAAGAACUACAACUAUUACAAGAGCCCGGGUCGUACGUGGGAGAAGUGGUAAAAUUAAUGGGCAAAAAUAAAGUGCUUGUAAAGGUCCAUCCUGAAGGAAAGUACGUCGUAGAUAUAGCUCCCGACAUUGACAUUGCAAACAUAACGCCAACAUGUCGGGUUGCACUACGUAAUGAUUCGUACACCCUUCACAAAAUACUGCCAAACAAAGUUGACCCGCUCGUCUCGUUAAUGAUGGUCGAGAAAGUGCCUGAUUCGACGUAUGAGAUGGUUGGUGGAUUGGAUAAACAGAUUAAGGAGAUAAAAGAGGUUAUUGAGUUACCGGUGAAACAUCCCGAAUUGUUUGAAAGUUUGGGAAUUGCACAGCCAAAGGGUGUUUUACUCUAUGGACCUCCGGGGACAGGUAAAACCCUACUGGCACGUGCUGUCGCUCACCACACCGAUUGUAAGUUCAUUCGUGUAUCGGGUUCAGAGUUAGUGCAAAAAUAUAUUGGAGAGGGAAGUCGAAUGGUGAGAGAAUUGUUUGUCAUGGCGAGAGAACACGCGCCAUCCAUUAUAUUUAUGGAUGAAAUUGAUUCGAUCGGGUCAUCGCGUAUAGAGUCUGGCUCGGGAGGUGGAGACUCUGAGGUGCAACGAACGAUGUUGGAGUUGUUGAAUCAGUUGGACGGUUUUGAACCUACAAAGAAUAUCAAGGUUAUUAUGGCAACUAAUCGUAUUGAUAUUCUCGACCCUGCAUUGCUGAGACCUGGUCGUAUUGAUAGAAAGAUAGAGUUCCCGCCGCCAUCUGAAGUUGCACGGGCCGAUAUCUUAAAAAUUCAUUCACGUAAAAUGAACCUAACACGUGGUAUUAAUCUACGUAAAAUCGCCGAGAAAAUGACUGGGUCUAGUGGUGCCGAAGCGGUUUGUACAGAAGCUGGGAUGUAUGCGCUACGAGAACGACGUGUACAUGUCACACAAGAAGAUUUUGAAAUGGCCGUUGCUAAAGUUAUGAAGAAAGGCGAAGAGCAAAAUGAAAGUCUGCGAAAACUCUGGAAGUGA